AUGGUGCAGGAACUUCGACGUCGUGUACAGGUUGAGAUUCCUGGUUCCGACCUUGUGACAUUCGGUUCGGCUGCUACAGGUCUUUGGCUGCCUGGUCGGGAUGUCGACCUCAGCUUGAAGGUGCCCGGACUUCAUCCUGGCCGCACGGAGACGAAGCAAGCUCUUCACCGGGUGGCAUCCGUUAUCUAUGCGUUUUCGGGAGACAAGCCCGAGAACCGACUUGCGGCCAAAGUGCCGCUGCUUCGUUGGAUGCCCAGCCGCGUGGCGCUGCCUUGCUUUGACAUUACCGUGAACAACCUGCUGGCGGUGGAGAACUCAAGGCUGGUGAGUGCCUACCUGCUUGCGGAGCCACUGCUGCGGCAGUUGCUUGUUGUCAUCAAGACCUGGGCUUCUGAGCGUGGGAUCAACGACCGAAGCCAAGGAACCCUGUCUUCCUUUGCCCUCACCCUGAUGGCGGUGCACCUCCUGCAGAGGAGGCGGGUGCUGCCAUCACUGCAAGAUCUCGCUGUUCUGAACGGCGACCCGCGCCACACUGUCAUGGAUACCGACUGCAGGUUCUCUUCGAACAGAGAGCUCAUUGAGAAAGAAAAGUCCAAGCUCGCAUCUCUCAGAACAUCGUCAAACGAAAGCCUGGGAACUUGGUUGCUGGAUUUUUUCCGGUACUACGGGGCCGAGUACAAAGGUGGUGUGAUUGCCAUUCGGAGCGGUGCGUCCGCUGCCGCAUGGCGCUCUGCCAGCUACUCUGGCCAGUUCUACUUCGUGGACAACCCCUUCGAGCCAGGCAAAGACGUGGCAAACGCCAGGGCCCUAGCUCCCGAGCAGCUCCCGGCGUUUUUGAAGCGACGGCAAAAAACGGCGAGGUGGAGCUGGGACAGUUGGUGCGCUUGA